CAUUAGGUUUCAUUUCAUACAUUAUCGCAAGGGGUCUCCUCCACUAUAAAAGCCUCACGUUUCACUUCACCAUUAGUCGUGGCCUCGCGUUUUGAUUCCUCCCGUCGUGGAAAGAAGAGCUGCGGAUCUCAGAGUGAGCUAAAUUUGGGUGGUGCUUAGGUUUCCGCCCAAUCGCUCCUCUUCCCCGACGUGAAUAUUCCCUUGCCAUGGCUUUCUCCUCAGACCGCCAGUCGCUCAUUCCCAGCUUCAUUUACUCUACCUCCUUCACUUCCAAAACCCUAGCCCUGGACAGAGCUGCUAAAAACCCCAGCACUGCCCUCGAGCCGUCACUCUCGGCGCUGGCCCCCAACAAGAGUUUCAUGAUUCCCGCUCCCAGCGAACCGGGCAAGAUUGAGAUGUACUCUCCGCAGUUCUACGCAGCUUGUACGGUUGGUGGAAUACUGAGCUGCGGUCUUACUCAUAUGGCUGUCACUCCUCUUGAUCUCGUCAAAUGUAAUAUGCAGAUUGACCCUGCAAAGUACAAGAGCAUCUCGUCAGGUUUUGGAGUAUUAUUAAAGGAGCAGGGAGUAAGAGGUUUCUUCAGGGGAUGGGUGCCUACCCUGCUUGGGUACAGUGCUCAGGGUGCCUGCAAGUUUGGAUUCUAUGAAUUCUUUAAGAAGUACUACUCAGACCUUGCUGGACCAGAAUAUGCAUCUAAGUACAAGACUUUGAUUUAUCUUGCUGGUUCUGCAUCAGCGGAGGUGAUUGCUGAUAUUGCCCUUUGUCCCCUUGAAGCUGUGAAGGUUAGAGUCCAGACUCAGCCUGGCUUUGCUAGAGGGUUGUCCGAUGGGCUUCCCAAGUUUGUUAGAUCUGAAGGUGCUCUUGGGUUGUACAAGGGCUUGGUUCCACUUUGGGGGCGUCAGAUUCCAUAUACUAUGAUGAAGUUUGCUUCUUUUGAGACCAUUGUGGAGCUCAUCUACAAGCAUGCAAUCCCCACACCCAAAAACGACUGCAGCAAGAGUCUGCAGCUUGGUGUGAGUUUUGCCGGUGGCUAUAUUGCCGGUGUUCUAUGUGCUGUUGUGUCACACCCCGCUGAUAACCUCGUAUCUUUCCUCAACAAUGCCAAGGGUGCUACUGUUGGUGAUGCCGUAAAGAAGCUUGGAUUGUGGGGUUUGUUUACCCGAGGACUUCCUCUUCGUAUUGUCAUGAUUGGAACCCUCACUGGGGCUCAGUGGGGUAUCUAUGACGCUUUCAAAGUUUUUGUUGGGCUGCCGACAACUGGUGGUGCUGCGGCUCCUGCACCAGCUGCCACAGAACUUGCAAAGGCAUAAGAAUUGGUAGAAAUAUUGGUGAAGUACAGAUUAUGAGAAGAGGCAAUAAAAUUAAAAUUCUUGAGUGUGGCUGGCACCUAGCAGAUGGAGAAUACGAAAACAUUUCUAUGGUUUUUUUAUACUCUGCUAAUUUGGUAUUAUGGAGUACCAAUCUUCCACCAAUUGCGUGUUAUUUUGUUGAACUAGUUAUAAUGUUUUGAAGGAUUGUGAAAGAUCUCCAGAGCAUGAAAAUAAUAGGCAGUUGCUGAACAUUAGCACUGAUGGGUUAUUCUUUUCCAGAGAUGUUGGUGGGCGAGGAUUAAUUUCUCUCAAGCAUUGUGGGUGUAGGAGUUUUGCUUAUUUCCUUUUCCUUGAGCGUGCAUCUUAUAUUACAUUCAAUGAUGUAUCAGGCCUUUUGGUGGUUUGUUUUAUUUUUUUGUUAGAUUUUGUUAAUUUUUAUUGCAAUGCGCUCAUAAUCCAUUUCUUGUAGUGGUGCAUUUGGUCCGGCUACUAUCGACUACCAAAUGGCAAUACGGACAGCAUGGAAAACUCCAUAAAUUCAUAACAUAGAAUCAAUUUUCAUACGAAA